AUGAAUUCUACUAUAUAUCUCAUUUUUCUUAUUAAUAUAUUUUUCUGUACAAUAAUAAAAGCAUUGCCUCAUGAGCGUGUUCGUCGGCAACCAAAUCCAAAUAAAAAGGCUGGUCUUCCAUAUGAAGGAUGGUCAGGAGGAUUGAAUAAUCCAAGUGGUGGAAAUCCUGGCGCAUAUUAUGGAACUGGAAUAAAUCCGAAUUAUGGUGGAAUUGGUGCACAUAGAAAUGAUGUUAACGAGGGUAUCAAUGUAGUAAGUUACAAUCAUGAAUAUACUCAUAACGGUGGUUCUAAUUCGAACUGGAGGCCACAACAACAGCAACAACAACAACAAUAUUACUGGCUCAAUAAUAAUAAUAAUAAUAAUAAUAUGGGAUGGCAAAGACCAAACACUAAUAAUGAUUAUAAUCAACCUUACAAUCGUUAUCCACCUGGAAGUCAAGGAUGGUAUGCAAGUGGUGGAAACUAUUGGUAUAAUAAAGGACAAUCACUUGUUUCACAUGUUUGGCUUUUAAUAAUAAGUAUUUCAAUUUCAAUUAUUUAUAUAUUAUAA